AUGUCCGGAGCACAACGGCUACCCUUUCGGGAGGACGAGGCGUUCGCGGAACAAGCAUCAGGCGUUGAAGGCUCUAAACCCAUCCCCAAAAGAGCAUCCAAGUUUGGACGAGCGUCCUCUUCCCAUUCCACUGCGGGACAUUCACUGCCCACUCGGAGUUUCAUACACCAUGCCAAUCAUGCACGAGGCCCGGACGAAGUGCAGUACGCAUCUUCCGGUGUGCGUGAGAAGACAGCGGAGCUUAGCAGCUCGUUUUUGAGCGAGUCAGAAAUGGCGCGUAAUCUCAGUCCAGACAUGAACCACCCGCCACAUUCGCAUAGCCAGUCGCGGAUACACGGACCCAUUCAGGAGGCGUCCGAGCCACCUACGCCAGAUGGAAAAGCGACAAAUGCGCCGGCUCCAUCCGAGCUGACUGCAGCACUACAGCGACAACCUGCUACCGAAUAUCUUGACUCCUCUGAGCUGGAUCUUGAUCGAACAUCUGGGCACCGAACGUCGGUAUCUACCGUACCUGAGGUUGUUAUCAACGAUGGCGAGCAAGAUGAGCCUGCAACUGCUGCGGAGACUACUCCCCUAUUGCCACGUGAGCGUCUCUCAGCUCCGCGCAAGCAAACGUACGAAGCGAGCCCCGACACGGAGGAGCAACCAACCCGUGAGCCAGGAUCUUGGAAUCGGAUCGGUCAUCAAUACCCUUCCCUACACAACAUUCGGUCACUCCUGCGACAUAUGCACAUCAAUCCCAAAGCUUGGGAUCUACGGAAGGCCGGUCGUCGAGUGCUUCUCGAGCCUCUCCGCAUGCUCCCAGCUGUAUUCCUUGGGCUUUUGCUGAACCUGUUGGAUGCCCUAAGUUACGGUAUCAUCCUAUUUCCGCUCGGUGAGGAAGCGUUCGCAGACCUCGGUCCGGAUGGCGUAUCGAUGUUUUACGUGAGCUGUAUUAUUUCUCAGCUCACGUACUCUACUGGCAGCAUAUUCCGAGGCGGAGUAGGCUCUGAGAUGAUCGAGGUUGUUCCGUUCUUCCACAAAAUGACAUACAUGAUCAUGGCUAAGAUGGGUGACGCCAACCCUGAGGCCCUGAGAGCCACCGUCAUUGUAUCAUAUUGCAUGUCCUCAAUCAUCACCGGCCUAGUGUUUGCGAUUCUCGGUAGCCUGCGAUUGGGUACGCUAGUGAACUUCUUCCCACACUCGAUUCUCACAGGUUGCAUUGGUGGUGUCGGCAUCUUCCUCUUCAUAACUGGCAUUGAAGUCUCGGCCCGCCUUGAAGGCAACUUGGACUUCAGCGUCAACGUGCUCAGGCAACUGUUUGCGCCGGCAACUAUUGCACUGUGGAUACCGCCUUUAGUGCUUGCGAUCAUCCUACUACUAGUCAAGCGUUUCUACGACCGGCCGUGGCUUGUGCCGGCUUACUACAUCACUAUAACAGCCGUCUUCUACAUUAUCACUGCGGCCGUUCCUACCAUCUCCAUGGACACUCUCCGCCGAGAUGGCUGGGUCUUCGAAGCGCCCGCUGCUGGGGUGCCGUUUUACAACUUUUACAGCUACUUCAAAUUCAGCUUGGUGGACUGGUCCGCCAUCGGCAUGACCAUACCGUCACAACUUGCGCUCACCUUCUUCGGCAUACUACAUGUCCCGAUCAACGUGCCAAAUCUAGCCAUGGUCGUGCAGGAAGACAAUGUCAGUAUCAAUCGCGAGUUGCUAAUGCACGGCAUCUCCAACACGCUUUCCGGUUGCGUUGGCAGUAUCCAGAACUACCUGGUCUUCGUUAACAGCGUCCUGUUCAUGAACAAUGGUGGCAACAGCAGACUCGCUGGCUACUUGCUGGCCGCGGCGACGUUCGGUCUCUGGGUUGCUGGGCCGGUCGUGAUAGGCUACGUACCAGUCAUGGUAGUCGGCACGCUCAUCUAUAUGCUCGGCAUCGAUCUUGCGCAAGAGGCUCUAGUUGCCACAUACGGUCGGCUUGACCGUCUCGAAUAUAUUACGAUCCUGGUGAUUGCGCUAGUCAUGGGUGUCUACGACUUUGUCGUGGGUAUCGGCAUUGGCAUCGGUCUGGCUUGCUUGGUCUACGUCGUCCAAACCAGCCGUAAGACCGUGAUCCGUGCGGAGUUCACUGGCGUCGUGGCUGAGUCUACCGUGCGCCGGCAUCCAAGGCAACGCAAUUACCUGCAUCGGGUUGGCCAUCAGAUACGGGUCGUCAAGCUGGGUGGCUACCUCUUUUUCGGUAGUAUCGUCAAGGUCGAGAAGAAGGUACGAGCGCUUAUCGACGCAGAGGCAUUCGCUCAAUCUCCGAUACGAUAUCUUGUCCUUGACUUCACGCACGUUACCGGCAUCGACUUCUCCGCGGCCGAAGCGUUUGGAAGGAUGAACCGCAUUCUGCAUCGCAGAGAAGUCACGAUGGCAUUGGCGGGCGUGACGCUUGGUAGUGAUGUGGGUAAGAGUCUACAGAUGGUUGGCUUGUUCGUCGACAGCGAAGAACCGCCAGUCCCAGCGCCGAAGGUGUACGAGGAUCUGAACAGUGCGCUAGAAGCAUGCGAGAACGAGCUGCUGAUGGUCCUGACCGAGAAGCAAAAGCUUGAUACUCACAAGCUCGAAGACUCGCCGCCGAUGCGUAUCCCCGAGGGGCCAGGAUACCUGCAGCCUUCACCGGCGGUUGGCAUGGUCGGCUCGCCGCGCCGGGACUUCUUGCAUCAAGCUGCCACAACAACGAUUACCGAGGCUCGAGAGGGUGAGCAAGCGAAGUGGCAGAGCUUCAAGCAACCUCUUCCCCUCUUACUGCAAGCUUUCCAGGAUCUCACAGACAAGAACGAAGACUUUUGGUUCCGCGCCACACGGUACUUCACUCGGCAAACAUUCCAAAAGGGUCAGAUACUGUACAACCGCGGUGACGAGCCGGAUGGAUUCUACCUGCUGCAGUCGGGCAUCUUGCGUGCAGAGUACUUUUUGGACCAAGGCAACUACCGCGAGAAUAUCGUCGCUGGUAAUACCCUUGGAGAGCUACCGUUCUUCAGCGAGACGGAGCGAACAAGCAGUGUGAUCGCGGAGCAGGAUUGCGUGGCCUGGCUGUUGACGGCAGGUAGCUGGGAGGAACUGCAAGCUAGGGACCCAGAUGUUGCUAAGGAGUUGUUGAAAAUCAGCUUGAAGCUCAGUGCGGAGAGAAUGAACGCCAUCACUAGCUAUGUGUUGAUAACGGCGAGUUGA